AUGUCUAACAUUACCACCUCAAGACAAUUGACCCGUACAACCCGCUACAGGCUCAAUAAUGGUCAGCACAUUCCUGUAGCUGCCUACGGCGUUUACGCCAUUCCUCCAGCCGAAACCCAUGACUUGGUCUACGAAGCCUUGGUUCAGGGUUACCGUCACAUUGACUCUGCUGUGGUUUAUGGAAACGAAAAGGAAUCUGCUCAAGCAAUUGCCAAGUUUAUCAAGGACAGCAAUGGAAAAGUCCAGAGAGGUGAUAUCUGGUUCACCACCAAGAUCUGGAACGGCGACCACGGCUACGAGGAAACCAAGGCUGCUGUUGAAGCAAUUGCAGGCAGAGUUAAGGAAUACCUUGGCUAUGUCGACAUGGUCUUGAUCCACUCGCCAAAGACCAAUAAGGAAAAGAGAUUGGGUACAUGGAAGGCCUUACAGGAGUUCCAGCACGAUCCAGCCAACAAGACGCUACAGAUCAACACCAUUGGUGUUUCCAACUACGGUAUCAAACAUAUCGAGGAGAUCUUGAACUGGGAUGGUUUGGUGGUGCAGCCAGCUGUGGACCAGUUGGAGUUGCACCCUUGGUUGCCUCAGAUCGAAUUGAGAGAGUACUUGGCUGCUCGUAAUAUCUUGGUUGAGGCUUACUCGCCACUUACUCAAGGCCACAAGUUGCAAGACCCAGAGCUCCUAGACUUAGAGCACCGUUACAGAGUGCCCAAGAUCGAGAUCUUGUUGAAGUGGUCUUUCCUUCAAGGAUUCAUCGUUUUGGCCAAGACUGCUAAGAAAGAGAGAAUCCCUGAAAACUUGGCUGUUUUGCCAGAAGCCAAGCCACCUACUGAUGCUUUGGACGAUACUUCUCACAGUGGUAAGAUUGACUUGGAUAUCAACAUCCUUGAAGCUUUGAACAAGCCUGAGUCUCACGAGGUGUUGACUUGGGGUAACCAGGACCCUACCACUUACGAUGGUUAA